AGUCCCUAAUGCAAUGAAAGGUCGAGAAUCCACUGAUGUGGAAAUUUUCGGUAUGGAAGGAAUUCCACAUUCAGAUAUGCUGGCUCAUGUGCAAGCGCUCGAAAGUGGACAACCCUCAAAGAAAAUCAAGGCAGAGGAUCCAGUUGAAAUUUCAAGCGAGGAGCUUAAAAAGCAACUUGCGCAACAUCAGGCCAUGAUGCAGGGUAAUCCUCAAGGUGCAUAUUCUUUUUCACCUGGAUAUACUAUUCCUCAACAACAAAGCUUGUCAUCGUUGAUGCCUCACCAGUAUAGCCAAUUUUAUCAAAGACCUAUAUUAAAUCAAGCACCGUAUCCACAACCCGGCAUUUUCCGACCAAAUGCGUUGACAGGACAAACAGCACCUCCCGUUCCUGGCCAACCAUGGCGUCCUACUGGUACAUCUGCACCAUUACUUGGAACUACACAACCGUUUUUUGGUGCAACGUCUUCUAACAACAGUCAAUCAUCAAUAUUUCCACCUCGUCCCGCUAAUACCGUCGCACCUGCAUCUUCGUUAUAUCAAGCUCAAUUAAUUCCUACAUCUGGUCAGCAGUAUCCGUCUUACAACAAUGGUCAAUCAGCAAAUUCUUUAACACAAUAUCAGCAAACAUUGCCCAAUUCUGCUGUCAUUCCAUCUGUGGGUGAAAGUGGAACUCAAGUUGAUAGUAUGGGCGAUCAAUCUAUUACACAGCAAUCUACGCAAAAAUCACAGCAAAAAGUAACAUUGAUUUAUAGCGAUAAUGAAAUUUCGAUGGAAGAAAAAAGAGCGGAGCAUUUAAAAAGAGCGGAAGAAGAAAAGAAUCGGUCUAAUGAGGAUAAUCACAGACAGCAGGUGCAUGCUCACGAUCUAUCUGUCCAAUCUCGUAUUGCAAAUAUCAAAGGGAGGGUUAUGUGA